CCGCUCUCGGUAACUCUUCACCGGUAGACGCAGUAGCCGUAGACUAGAAUACCAUGUCGCACAAAGACCUCCCAGGCAAGACUGCAGCAUCCGAGGGGGACGAUGUCGUCUAUCUCGAGACGUCCAGCGUGGGCCUCGAGACGCCUCCACACAAUGAGCCUCCAAUCAUGGACCGUGAGCGCAAGGAGAAGGACUUGGUUCGAAAGAUUGACCUUCGAAUGAUGCCGCUGAUGGUGUUGCUCUGCGUGCUCAACCACAUCGACAGAAACAACAUCGCGACGGCGCGGCUGGGUAGCUUCGAAAAAGACAUUGGGCUACACGGCACACAAUACAACACCAUCAUCAGCACCUUUUUCGUUGGGUACAUCCUUACCCAAGUGCCGACAAACAUGAUCCUCAACAAGAUGAGGCCGUCGGUGUUCCUCCCCAUCGUCAUGGUGUCGUGGGGAACGGUUAGCGCAUGCACUGGGGCGGUGCAAAACUACCCCGGCAUGGUGGUGCUGCGCUUUCUUUUGGGCUUUGUCGAGGCCCCAUUUUUCCCCGGGGCUCUGUUUCUCUUCAGCUCCUGGUACACCAAGAAGGAGCUGGCCAAGCGCAUCUCGACCCUGUUCGCGGCAGGCCUGAUGGCCGGCGCCUUUAGCGGGUUCCUAGGGUCGGCCAUCAUGGGCGGCAUGGACGGGGUCGCGGGACUGGCAGACUGGCGCUGGCUCUUCAUCAUCGAGGGCGCCAUGACGAUCCCGGUGGCGGGCGUCACCUUCUUCGUGAUCCCCGACUACCCGGCCGACACAAAGUGGCUGUCGACCGAGGAGCGGGCGCUGGCGGUGCUGAGGCUGGCCGAGGAGGCCGGCGAGGACCCCGCGGACCAGGCGGACACGACGGCGAUGCAGGGCCUCCGGCUCGCCUUCGGCGACAUCAGCCUGUACAUGAUCUGGAUGAUGCAGCUGGGGCUCAACACGGCGGCGGCCUUCACCAACUUCUUCCCGACCAUCGUGCAGACGCUGGGCUACUCGCAGCGGGAGACGCUCCUGCUGAGCGCGCCGCCGUACGUGUUCGCGGCGGUCCUGGGCAUCGCCAACUCGUGGCACAGCGACGCGGCGCGCGAGCGGUGGCUGCACGUCGUGUGGCCGCAGGUCCUCUGCAGCGUCGGCUUCGUCGUCUCGGCGGCGACGCUGCACGUGGCGGCGCGGUAUACGGCCACCUUUAUGAUGAUGUCGUUGUACGGGUCCUUUGGCUGCGUCCUGUCGUGGGUGUCGACGACGCUGCCGCGGCCGUCGGCCAAGCGCGCCGUCGCCUACGCCGUCGUCAACGCAGGGUCCAACCUGGCGUCCAUCUACGCCAGCUACUUCUACCCGGCCACCCAGGGGCCGCGCUACUGGCAGGCGAACGUAGCAAACGUCGCCUUCUCAGGAGCCUGCAUUGCCAUGGCUACGACGCUGCGUUUCUACCUGGCCUGGCGAAACAGGGCCCUGGACGCGGCCAGGGACGAGGACAUGACGACCGAGGGGACUGCGGUGGGCACUCGGACCCUCGCCCUGGCUGCCAGGUGGCAGUGCACUCCAGACUACCGGUAUACUCUGUGAGGCUGCUACUGUGUAUAUGUAAAGGUAUCUAAGGAACUCCUACUCUGCCUGGCAUGGAUCGAGGCAGAUGCCUCUUUGAGCGGACGUCGAUUUUGGGACACACAUCGGAUGGAUUCGCUGGAUUGAUGGAAAGUUCCUGGAGCCGGUUAGAAUAGACUUUCGGUCUGCUGUCUGCUGCCUGCCGGGAGUCGCGAAGGAAUGCGGCUACGAUGCGACCGUUGGAUGGACCUUCCUAGCGCGGAAUGGGUUGCUUUUUAGCGGCAGUUUAGUGUGCUUAAAGUUUUUGAGUAAAUGCCGGUCAGCGCACGUCAAACCCAUCGCCCAUGGUGACGAUUCAACCCACCAGAAGGGGAGCGCCCCACAGCCAUCCGCCAAGGGACCCCCCCCCCC